AUGCUGAGAGACUUUGAGAAUGUUGACGAUGUGAACAAGCAAUUGGAGAGGGUGGGUUACAAUAUGGGCAUGAGACUUAUUGAGGAUUAUCUCUCGAGGACCAAUUCCCUUCGGUGUCAUGACAUGAAGGACACAGCAGAUAAAAUUCAACAAGCUUUCCGGAUGUAUCUGAAUAUCCAGCCAACAAUAUCUAACUGGGCUGCGACAGGUGAUGAAUUCUCUCUAAUUUUUGAGGCCAAUCCUCUGGCUGAGUUUGUGGAGUUGCCCAGCGAUAUUGGUAACUUGAGGUACAGCGCAAUCCUCUGUGGUUGCAUUCGUGGAGCUCUCGAAAUGGUCCAACUCGAGGUGCAGAGCUGGUUUGCCCAGGAUCAUUUAAAGGGGGACGCCAACACAGAAAUCAGGGUGAAAUUUAUCAGGCGUCUAGAGGACGCUAUUCCAGCAGGUGAAGAUUAA